CACAAAUUAAAUCAAUCCUAAAAAAAAAAAAAACUAUAGACGAUAUUAAUAAUUUGCUUUAUUUCAUUAAUUCUCAUAGCCAGCAACGGCCACCGCACAUGGCGGAGCCGGUGAAGGUUCUUCAGGGCAUUCAGUUUCAUCAACUCAGUAGCCUAAUAUCUCACGUUCUUGUGUUCGGGUUAGGAUUAAUUAUUGGGAUUAGUUUUAAUUUCUCGAUUAGUGGUUUUUCUUCGACUUUUCAGCUCAGCCAGUGGCCGGUUACUCCAUCGCCGGUUCCGCCGGUGGUGGUGGGGUUGAGGGAAUUUAGGAGCUCGAAAAGUGUGGGGCAGGAGAUGAGCGAUGGGGAGUUGGUUUCCCGGAUGAGACGGUCACCGGUGAAGGGAACGGGGAAGGUGGCGUUUAUGUUCUUAACAAGAGGGGGUUUGCCGUUAAAGGCAUUUUGGGAAAGAUUUUUCAACGGAAAUGAAGGAUUUUAUUCGAUAUAUGUGCAUUCACAUCCUUCUUUCAAUGGAACUUACCCUAAAAAUUCUGUCUUUUAUGGCCGUACGAUCCCUAGUAAGGAAGUUGAAUGGGGGCAGCCAAGCAUGAUUCAAGCAGAGCGUCGUCUCUUAGCCAACGCUCUUCUCGACUUCUCUAACCAACGAUUCCUCCUUCUUUCCGAGUCUUGCAUUCCCGUCUUCAAUUUCACCACCGUCUACACUUAUCUCAUGGGCUCGGCCCAUAUCUUCGUCGAGUCCUACGACUUACCGGGCCGUUUGGGCCGCAACCGCUACAGGCCCAAAAUGAAGCCCACAAUCACCGAGGCCCAAUGGCGGAAAGGCUCCCAGUGGUUCGAAAUGGACCGACGGACGGCGACCGAGGUGGUGGCGGACCGGAAGUAUUUCCCGCUCUUCGAAAAGCACUGCCGCCCGGGUUGCAUUUCGGAUGAGCACUACUUGGCGACGAUGGUGAAUAUAGAGUUCGGGGAAAGGAAUUCGAACCGGACGUUGACUUGGACCGACUGGUCGAAGCAGGGGCCUCACCCGACCGGGUUCGAGAGUAACAACGUCACGGUUGGGCUUUUGGAAAGGAUACGGGACGGCAGCACGUGCGUGUAUAAUGGAGAAAGCACUAGAAUUUGCCAUUUGUUUGCAAGAAAGUUUAUGGGAAGCGCUUUGAAUCGGCUGCUGGAAAUUGCUUCUCAAGUCAUGUUCAUCCAUUGACUUGACUUCCUCAUUGACUUGCAAUGUAAAUCAAUUUCCAGUUAAUUAGGCCAUUACUAGUCUCCAAAUACUUACAAAUCCAAGCCUGCUUAGAUGUGAUACUAAUUAUCAAUUUAUAAAUCAAUAGUUUCAUUCUCACUCUA